CGGCGGGGGGGCUCCAUGGAGGAGCGGGAGGGCGACGUGCGCUGGGACGGGCUGUGCAGCCGCGACGCCGCCGCCCGCGCCGCCGCCCUGGAGCACGUCGGGCAAGCCGUGCUCCGCCGCGGCGGGGCGGCCGCCGCUCCCCGGGUGCUGGCCCGGCUGCUCAUGCUGGCCAAGCGGUGCCCGUUCCGCGACGUGAGGGAGAAGAGCGAGGCCAUCCUGAGCGGCGUGCAGGAACUUGGAAUAAGAAUUCCUAGACCACUGGGACACGGACCAAGCAGAUUCAUCCCAGAGAAGGAGACUAUUCAAGUGGGAAACGAAGACGCCAUGAUGCACACGCUGUUUGCAGAUUCUUUUGCUACGCUGGGCCGACUGGACAAUGUUACCUUGGUGAUGGUUUUCCACCCGCAGUACCUUGAAAGCUUUCUGAAAACUCAGCACUAUCUGCUGCAGAUGGAUGGUCCACUCCCUCUUCAUUACCGGCACUACAUCGGGAUAAUGGCUGCAGCAAGACAUCAGUGCUCUUACCUUGUUAACCUCCAUGUGAAUGACUUCCUUCACGUUGGUGGAGACCCUAAAUGGUUGAAUGGGCUGGAAAAUGCACCUCAAAAACUGCAAAAUUUGGGAGAAUUGAACAAAAUGUUGGCUCACCGACCCUGGCUUAUCACCAAGGAGCAUAUCGAGCAACUUCUGAAGACUGAAGAAAACAGCUGGUCCCUGGCGGAACUGAUCCACGCAGUAGUUCUCCUUACACACUACCACUCCCUGGCUUCCUUCACGUUUGGCUGUGGAAUCAGCCCGGAGAUCGACUGUGAAGGGGGUCACACCUUCAGACCACCUUCCGUCAGUAACUACUGCAUCUGUGAUAUGACAAAUGGUUACCACAGGAUGGAUGACAUUCAUGCCAGCCCAACUACUACAGAGUCCGUCUGUGAAGUUGAAGCUCUCAUGGAGAAAAUGAAGCAGCUGCAGGAGUGCAGAGAUGAAGAGGAAGCCAGCCAAGAAGAGAUGGCCACCCGUUUUGAAAGAGAGAAGAGGGAAAGCAUGUUCGUGUGUUCUUCAGAAGAUGAAGAAUCGGCACCGACAAGAGAUGUGUCUCGUCACUUUGAGGAUACCAGCUAUGGUUACAAAGACUUCUCCAGACAUGGAAUGCACGUGCCCACCUUCCGAGCUCAGGAUUAUUCCUGGGAAGACCAUGGCUAUUCCUUGGUUAAUCGUCUUUACCCAGACGUGGGACAGCUACUUGAUGAGAAGUUUCACAUUGCUUAUAAUCUGACUUACAACACAAUGGCCAUGCACAAAGAUGUGGAUACCUCAAUGCUAAGACGAGCUAUUUGGAACUAUAUUCAUUGUAUGUUUGGAAUAAGAUACGAUGAUUAUGACUACGGUGAAAUUAAUCAGUUGUUGGACCGCAGCUUUAAAGUUUAUAUCAAGACUGUGGUUUGCACUCCUGAAAAGACCACAAAAAGAAUGUACGAUAGCUUCUGGAGGCAGUUUGAACACUCUGAGAAGGGGCAAACGACCUUAUCACCUCUUCCUUUGCUAACAACCCCCUCCGCUCCACAGGUCCAUGUAAAUUUGCUUCUGGUAGAAGCUCGGAUGCAAGCCGAACUACUUUAUGCUCUGAGAGCUAUUACUCGCUAUAUGACCUGAUGCCUCCAGCUGCCUGUCGACGUUGGAAUGUUAUGCAGCUGCAGUAUGGCAGAGGAAGAUACGAAGCCUCAGGACCAACGGUAGCUAUAAAUUAAGACGCCCAUUGUGCCAUAACUCCUUUAGUUUCAGCUAUUUCCGUGUUUGGAAUAUCACUGCUGCCAGUAGGCAGUGAACGCUUGGCAGUUGAAAAGACAGGGUUGUGCAGAAGUGCUGCCUGAUCAUGGUAUUUUGGCUUUAGACAGCACGGGACACUCUAUGAACUUGUGGCAAUAUAGCAAAUGAUAGGUAUAUAGAUCUUCUAAGGCAAAUACAACAGGAGUUGGAGCGUGAAAAGAAGUGGGACUUGAUGCCAUUUGCUUUCCCUACAAGAAUAAUUUUAGAAAACGUUGAUGCUGCUAUUUGUGCUGGUGGAGUGAACAGACACAGGCUGUUCCAGUUAAGCUAAAAGUGAAAGUGAGCACUGCUAUUGUCUGAGCCUUUAUUGUGUGUGGUUUCAAAAAAGCCUUGUUAUUUAGAUUUCUAAUCAGAACUAAACCUCUUCUGUCCACACUGAUGAUUUGAAAGAUAGCAGUCAAUUUCCUCAAAUAAUUUAGCCUUAAGAUGCUAUAGGACAUUUGUUCAGCAUUAUUUGGUGAGCUCCAAAGUGCAAUGGUCUUCCUAUGGAAAGGAGAGGACAUCGGUCCUCCGAGCUUUUUAGAGAUCUAACUACAUGAAGUGUCGAGUAGCUUCUUGUCCUGUUUUUCAAGGGUGAACUGAUACCUGUUCAGGAGCUAGGACAAGGUGUGGGAAUGUUGUUCUAGACUGCCAAACAGUCCUACUGUAUUACAUGCCCAGCGCUGGUCUUACUGAUUUUUUGCAGUUGCUUAAAUAACUAGGCUAAAUACGAUCUAUUUUUAGUAAAUCAAAACAUGAUUAAAAUGCUGACAUUUAAUAUACAGUGGUUUUGGAGAACACAUGAAUACUUUUGUAUGAGUGUGAAUCGCUUUUUAAAUUUGUCAGUAUUAUUGGUAUUUUUUAAAUAAAGGUAACAACUUUUUC